UUUGGUACCUCUCUCAAACAAAACAGUACCAACGCUUCCUUUUUUAGUUCCUCUUCCCCUCUCUGCCAAACCAUACUCUAUCCUCUUUCUGGAUUUCCAUUGCUUCAGAUUCAACUGAAACCAGUUUCUGUUUCUCCUUCAAAAUUUCGAACACCCAGAAAAUAUCUCAGACCUAAGUUGAAUACUUGACUUUAAACCCAGAGAUAGAGAGAGAGAGAGAGAGAGAGAGAGAUCACUGAUUUAAGUGAAGCUUUCUUUUAGACCCAAAAGAAAGUAACUUUGCUGACCAGAGUUCGAGACGCAUUAGCCCACUUUUGCAGAAUGAACCAAAGAAGCCACUAUUUUAGCGCACAGAGAAGAGAAACAAAAAGAAGCGAGCUUUGUUAUUCUUCUUCAUAGGCUUGCUUGGUUUCAUUUUACUGCAAAAUCGGUUGAUCUGAGGAGGAAGAAGAAGAGAGAGAAACGCAAGAAUGGGUUGCUGCCAUUCCAGUAUAGAAAGAGAAGAAAUGGUGUCGCGUUGUAAGGCGAGGAAGCGAUACAUGAAGCAGUUUGUUCUAGCGAGGCAUGCCUUUUCUGCUUCGCAUGUUAUGUAUAUACGCUCCCUUCGUUCUACAGGAUCUGCUCUGCUUCAGUUCGCCAAUGCAGAGACGACCGUUCACCACCACCACAACCUCCAACUCCAGCACCAUCUUCCACCGGAGCCGGAGCCGAUCCGACCGUUGCCGCCACAGCGGACUCCAGUGGCGAUGCCGCCUCCUUUACCUCCAAUGAGUCCGAGUUCUGACACGUGGACGUCAAUGACGGCCUCUCCUGCUCUACCGCCGCCGCCACCUCCUCCUCCCCCGCCGCCGCCGGUGUCGUCUUCCUCUUGGGAUUUCUGGGACCCAUUCGUGCCACCAGCUCCGGCCUCGUCGAGGUCAGUGACGGAGGAGGAAUGGGAAGCGACGACGACCACAGGGUCGGAAAUUGUCGUGACGACGAUGGGAGCAGCGAAUGUGACUGCGCCGCCGUCUGUGGUGAGUGGGUUUUCCAAGGAGACUCAAAGUAGUGACCUUGCGAUGGUAGUGUCAAGGAAUACCAAAGAUCUCGUUGAGAUUAUAAAAGAACUUGACGACUACUUCCUCAAAGCUGCUGAAGCUGGUGGCCAAGUCUCUAUGCUCUUAGAAGUUCCAACCUCCGGCUUUUCUAAUCACAGUAAAGAAAGUAAAGUGUACAACUACGGAUGGGGUUUGAGUCCUUCGUUGUGGGCAUGGGGUUCGAAUCCAAAACCAAAUGGAUUCGGGAAGUUCAGUCAGGAAAUGUCGAUUAGUAAUUUUGUGGCUAAAGAUGUGGGAACUGGUAGUCACUGUUCCACAGUGGAGAGGUUAUAUGCAUGGGAGAAAAGAUUAUACCAAGAGGUCAAGAAUGCUGAGACCGUAAAGAUGGAGCAUGAGAAGAAGGCGUCGGUGCUAAGGAAGUUAGAGAUGAAGAGGGCAGACUAUGUGAAGACAGAGAAGACGAAGAAAGAAGUAGAGAAAUUGGAGUCACAGAUGAUGGUUGCCUCUCAGGCUAUUGAGAGUACAUCAGCUGAGAUUAUCAAGUUAAGGGAGACUGAGCUGUAUCCACAGCUUCUUGAGCUUGUGAAAGCAUUGAUGUGCAUGUGGAGAAACAUGUAUGAGUGCCAUCAAGUACAAAAGCACAUAGUUCAGCAGCUGGAAUACCUCAAUACCAUCCCAUCAAAGCAACCAACUAGUGAAAUUCAUAGGCAAGCAACUCUCCAGCUUGAACUUGAAGUUCAACAAUGGCACCAAUCCUUUUGUAACCUCUUCAAGGCUCAUAGAGACUAUAUUCAGUCCCUCACAGGUUGGCUGAGGCUCAGCCUUUUCCAGUUCAGCCGAAGCCCACUGAGCCAAACUGCUGAGGAAUCCAAGAUAUACUCCCUCUGUGAAGAAUGGCACCUCGCCGUGGAUCGUAUCCCGGAUAAGGUCACAUCUGAGGGGAUCAAGAGCUUACUGACAGUCAUUCAUGCUAUCGUAGCUCAACAAUCAGAGGAACAUAAACAGAAGAAGAAAUCAGAUUCUGUGUUUAAAGAGCUCGAAAAGAAAGUGGUGCAGCUUCGGUCGCUAGAGUGCAAAUAUGGCCCAUAUUCCAUGCCCGAAUCGAUGAGAAACAAGGAUCCUGUCAUGGAGAAGCGGGCAAAGGUUGAGACUUUGAAAGGAAGAGCAGAGGAAGAGAAGAACAAGCAUGAGAAGUCAGUCUGUGUGACUAGGGCAAUGACUCUGAAUAACUUGCAGAUGGGGUUCCCACAUGUGUUUCAGGGGAUCGUGGGGUUUUCAAGUGUAUGUACUGAGGUUUUCGAAUCGGUAUACAACAAAGCUAAAAUCACUCAACAAGAGCAUGAUGUGAAGAGAAUAUUACCUUAAGAAGAAAUGAUCUGGUUUUGUACAGAUAAUCAUCUUGCUUUUAGCCAUAGUAAAAAUAUGAGCUUUUAUAUUGUAUUUACAGCCUCCAGUGCAGUGAGAUCUAGUUCACUCAGAUUUUUUGGUAGGAACCAGUUUGGUGUAAGCAGGGAAACUAGAAAAUUCUGAAAUCAGAGUGAAAAGUCUGUGUUAAGGUUGUGAUUUCUUUAAUACUACUGAAUGCUUUGUAUUUAUGCCUACA